CGGCCGUGAAGAUGAACGGUAUUCGAGUAGUACUGUCGCCUCUUCUUUCUAUUAGCUACGUGCUUGGUAUAAGAAUCAUUGAGUUUCCCAUGGGUAAACCGAGACAGUGGUGCAGUUUCUUGUACAUAUUGCUGUUGUGGGCAAUUUACCAUAUUCUAGUCUUAUAUACAAUAAUUCAUCUCAUGAGUGGCAUGUACAUCAUCUACAAAUUUUGCUUCUGGCUGAACAUUUGGAUAGCACUAUUAUCAGCUGUUCUUGGAAUAUAUCAUGAUAAGAAAUACAGAACCUGUCUGAGGCAGCUUGAUAUCGUGGACGACACGUUAGAAAAAAUAGAGGUGACAACAAACUACCAGAAAUUGUACAAGAAAAUGUUGUUGACCAUUUUUGGAUGGUUCGCGUACAUUCUGUGCACAACCUGUGCCAGUUCCUCAUGCACUCUUGGAUACAUAGGAUUGAAGUUCGAACAACUCAACGAAUAUCUUCGCAAGUUGAAUGAAGAUAAUGGACACGGACUAAAGCAAGCUUGGGAACAUUCCGCGUUGCUGCCAUGUCAAAUCGAAUAUCUAAAAUUUACGAGCAGCGAAUCUGCUACAUGGAUUGCAAUGUAUCAUGAAAAACCGGUGUAA